GUAAAGAUGCAUGGGAUCUUUGCUAGUUGUGCACUCUUUGCACUGCUGCUGGCUACAGUCUGGGCAGUCCCCCACCACCACCACCACGACGACCACCACGACCACCACGACCACCGCCACAACCACGACCACGUCCACGCCCAUGGUGGCGAUGCUCACAGUCAUGAGGGAGAAAUGAGCUGCGCCAAGCUGUCUGCUCCCAAUGCUGACUUUGCCUUUGCCCUCUACAAAAGCUUGAGUGCCAAAGCUGCUGCUGGAGAGAACAUCUUCUUCUCACCGCUGGGCAUCUCCACCGCCCUGUCCAUGCUGUCUACCGGGGCCAAGGGUGAAACCCACCGCCAGAUGUUCUCCACGCUGGGCUACAGUGCCUUACAACAGGCUCAGGUCAACGAAGCGUACGAGCAUCUUUUCCAGAUGACGGAAGGCGGCCAUCACCUGCAUGUGGGUAACGCCGUGGCCCUGCGCUCUGGCUCCAGUCCCCUGGAGAUGUUCCUGAAGGACGUCAAGCACUUCUACUCUGCUCAUGUCUUCGAUGUCAACUUUGCCAAGCCUGCUGAGGCUGCAGCUGAGAUCAACACAUACAUAGCUAAUAAAACCCACAACAAGAUCACAGAUAUGGUGAAGAACCUGAACCCUGCGAUGGCCAUGGUGCUGAUCAACUAUGUCUACUUCAGUGGAGAGUGGGUGAAACACUUCAAUGUCAACCACACAAAAAAGGCCGACUUCAAUGUGGACGAAACCACCAAGGUUCAGGUGGACAUGAUGAUGAGGACCGGUCGCUACGACUUCUAUCAUGAUGAUGACAACCACACCACCGUCAUCCUGCUGCCCUACAAAGGGGGCAACACCUCCAUGAUGAUCGUCCUGCCCGAUGAAGGCAAGAUGAAGGAGGUGGAGAGCAACAUCAACAAGGACCACAUCAGGCACUGGCAUGACUCACUCUUCAGGAGUUCUGUGAAUCUGUUCCUGCCAAAGUUCUCCAUCUCCGCUGAUGCCUGCCUGGGGAGCACCCUGACAGAAAUGGGCAUGGCCGACGCUUUCACAAACACCGCUGAUUUCUCUGGCUUAACCGACAAGGAGAAGCUCAAAGUAGCAAAGGUGACCCACCAGGCCUUGCUGAGCGUGGAUGAAACAGGAACAGUGGCAGCGGGGGCCACCAGCAUCGAGGUCAUGCCCAUGAGCAUGCCUGAAACCAUGAAACUCGACAGGCCCUUCAUGGUCUUCAUUCUGGAGCACUCGACCAAGAGCAUCCUCUUCAUGGGCAAGAUCAACAACCCCACAGCCAUGUAAAGAUGCUAGGUGCCCAAGGGUUACGUUUGUACUAUGUUCACACUGUAGUGAUAUACAUAAAUGUAAUUUUGACCUCAGCAUCUUAAAGCCGUGUGAAGAUGUCACAAUGAUAUUAAGAGAUUUGGGAAAUGCUAAAUUCCUAGUUUGUCCUUGAUGAAUGAUGAAAAGGACAACCGCUCUAUCAAGUGACUCAUGUAUUACUGUCUGUCAUCUGAACUCGGCUAGGGGUAUAUAUGUCUAAAUACAUCAUUAUGUAUUGUAUCCAGCUGACUCUGAUAUUGAUAAAGAUUAAAAAAACAAUAUAAGUAGGUAUAUUGCUUGAAGCAUCUGCUUACAGACUGAGCCGACAUGUUAUUGUGCUAUUGCUGAUUCAACAUCGCGAGGUGAAGGGAAAUAAAGACUUGUCAUGAACAACUGGCGUUUUGUUACUUUAACCUUGAGUUCAUGGAACAUUAGAACAAAUGUAAUUAAAAGUAAUUAAUUCUGAACUACUGAGAGAAGGAACCCAAUUGAGAAGUCUUAAAUGCGUCUCUUUAUUUCUCCCUCGAAGGCUGCUGAUUUCUGGGUUAUAAUGUACCUUCCAGCUUGUUUAAUCAAUAUGCUGCAUGCCUCAUUGUGUGGGAGAGACCUGGAUUUUUGGUGUAUUAUGCAACGUCAGGCUUGACUUAAACAAAGCUUUCUAACUUUGUAAAACACAUUUUUCACAUGUUU